UUUUUUUUUUUUUUUUUUUUGGAUUUAUAAUGCUCUGUAUGUUUUAGUACUCCCCCAUUUGCUUUCUCUUUGUGCUCCAAUUUCCUUGGUUGUGGUUAUUUGCAGAGGACCGUACUGUUAGUAGCAGUGUUUAAUUUCUCACUCCUAUCAUCACCCACCCUCUCUUUGCUUUUCCUCUCUGUCUCUUUUUGGGGGCAGCCCCAUGUUAUCCAUCUUCCACACAUUCCAGAUUUGACACUGGGGUUUAAUUUUUUUUCAAGUAAACACCCACAUGUAAACCUAUUAUUGAGUGGGAGUGGAGUAGUGGAGCUUCAGAGAAUCAGAGAUCAUCAUCCAUGGAGGCUGCUCUCCUGCUAAGGCUAAGGCUUGCUGUAACACUCUCUCUCUCUCUUGUUUCAGUUGUUUCUAGUGUGAUGACAGACCCAAAUGACUUGGCUAUUUUGGGUGAGUUUAGGAAAGGGUUGGAGAAUCCUGAGCUGUUGAAGUGGCCUGCAGAUGGGGGUGACCCUUGUGGCUCUCCUGCUUGGCCACAUUUGGUGUGCAGUGAGGGUAGGGUUGAGCAGAUUAAUGUUAUGAAGUUGGGGUUGAGAGGCCCUUUGCCUCACAACUUGAACCAGCUCUCUAGAUUAACACAUUUAAGCCUGCAGAACAACCAAUUCAAUGGAAAGUUACCAUCUUUGAGUGGUUUGUCCCAAUUGCAGUAUGCAUAUUUGGAUUACAACAGCUUUGACACCAUUCCCUCAGAUUUCUUCAAAGGGCUUGUGAAUUUAGAGGUGUUGGCACUUGAUGGUAAUCCCCUAAAUUCCACCACUGGCUGGUCUUUGCCUAAUGACCUGCAAGAUUCAGCUCAAUUGAUUAAUCUUACACUCAUGAACUGCAACUUGGCUGGCCCUUUGCCUGAGUUUUUAGGAAAUAUGUCAUCAUUGGAGGUUUUGUUGCUGUCCAUGAAUCGCCUCUCCGGGGCUAUUCCGGGGAGCUUCAAGGACUCUAUGCUGAAGAUGCUUUGGUUGAAUGACCAGUCUGGUGAAAAGAUGAGUGGCCCAAUAGAUGUAGUGGCAACAAUGACAUCACUCACUAGCUUGUGGCUUCAUGGCAACAGUUUUUCAGGUAAAAUUCCGGAGGGCAUAGGGAAUUUGACUUAUUUGCAGGAUCUAAACCUAAAUACCAAUAAUCUUGUUGGUCUGAUUCCUGAUAGUCUAGUAGAUAUGCCAUUAGACCAUCUUGAUUUGAACAAUAAUCAUUUCAUGGGUCCUCUGCCUAAAUUCAAGGCAAAAAAUGUCACUUGUGAAUCAAACCCCUUCUGUCAAACCCAACCAGGGGCUUCUUGUGCUCCAGAAGUCGUGUCCCUUCUUGAAUUUCUUGAUCAGGUGAACUAUCCAUCAAAGCUUGUUGAAUCAUGGUCUGGAAAUGACCCUUGUGCAGGGCCUUGGUGGGGAUUGGACUGUGAUGCGAACCGAAAGGUUAUCGUCAUAAACUUGCCAAAGUCUAACCUUUCUGGUGCUUUGAGUCCUUCAAUUGCAAACCUUGAUUCCCUUACUCAUAUAUACCUCGGUUCCAAUAAUCUUUAUGGUCCAAUCCCGCAAAGCUGGGCUGGCUUGAAAUCUUUGGAGGUUUUGGAUUUGAGUAAUAAUAACCUUUCCCCUCCUUUGCCACAUUUCAAUCUCCCCUCUAUGAAACUUUUGUUAGAUGGGAACUCUCUAUUCAAUUCUAAUUCUAAUCCUUCUGGAAAAAACAACACCUCCUCUGGUGGUUCAUCAGUGCCUACUAAAGGCUCGAGUUCUAGUGCUGUGGAAAGAAAAAGCUCCACAAAGUCUCGAAUAGCUGUGGUAGUUGCUCCGGUUGCAAGCUUUGCACUUUUGGUCUUUUUGGCCGUGCCAAUGUCUAUUUACGCCUGUAAGAAGCGUAACAACGACAGAAACCUGCAGGCUCCACCAGCCUCUCUCGUGAUUCAUCCCAGAGAUCCAUCUGAUUCGGAUCGUGUAGUCAAGAUUGCAGUUGCAAGCAAUACCAAUGGGAGCGUUUCUUCGUUAACCGGGAGUGGUUCUGCAAGUGUACACAGCGGCGAAUCUCACCUGGUUGAAGCUGGAAACCUAGUCAUAUCUGUUCAAGUCCUACGAAAUGUGACCAAGAAUUUCGCCCCCGAGAAUGAACUGGGGCGGGGCGGUUUUGGCGUGGUGUACAAAGGAGAACUCGAGGACGGAACCACAAUUGCAGUGAAAAGAAUGGAGUGUGGAGUUAUUAGCAGCAAAGCCUUGGAUGAAUUUCAGUCUGAAAUUGCUGUUCUUUCUAAAGUUCGACACCGGCACUUAGUGUCACUUCUGGGAUAUUCAGUGGAAGGCAAUGAAAAAAUCCUGGUUUAUGAGUACAUGCCACAAGGUGCUCUCAGCAAACACCUUUUCCACUGGAAAAGCUCCAAAUUAGAGCCUUUAUCUUGGAAGAGGAGGCUAAACAUUGCCUUAGAUGUUGCUAGAGGAAUGGAGUAUCUACACACUCUUGCUCAUCAAAGCUUCAUACAUAGAGACCUCAAAUCCUCAAACAUCUUACUCGGAGACGAUUUCAGAGCAAAAAUAUCAGACUUUGGAUUGGUCAAACUUGCUCCCGAUGGCGGUGAGAAGUCCGUGGUUACCAGAUUGGCAGGAACAUUUGGCUAUCUAGCACCCGAAUAUGCAGUUACUGGUAAAAUCACGACGAAAGCAGAUGUCUUCAGUUUCGGUGUUGUGCUAAUGGAGCUUAUGACGGGAAUGAUGGCGAUCGACGAGGAUAGGCCCGAGGAAAGCCAGUACCUGGUGACUUGGUUCUGGAACGUGAAGUCGAGCAAAGAGAGGCUCAUGGCUGCAAUUGAUCCGACGCUAGAUGCUAAAGAGGACGCACUCGAUAGCAUCCUAACCAUCGCUGAACUUGCUGGCCACUGCACUGCUCGGGAGCCUAGCCAGCGGCCUGAUAUGGGGCAUGCAGUGAACGUGCUUGCCCCGCUCGUUGAGAAAUGGAGGCCUAUCGAUGACGAUCCAGAGGAGUACUGCGGGAUUGAUUACAGCCUCCCGCUCAACCAAAUGGUGAAGGGAUGGCAGGAAUCCGAAGGGAAGGACACGAGCUACAUGGACCUCGGGGACAGCAAGGGCAGUAUCCCCGCUCGGCCUACUGGAUUUGCAGAGUCUUUUACUUCUGCAGAUGGUAGAUAGACGACAACGAGGUAUGUAUGUAUGUAGUGUGCCGCCGUUAUCCAAUUCUCGAGUUCCGUAGAUGUAUAGAUAGAACCAUCUUCUUGUUGUUUUUGUGAUUGUAUCUCAUUGAUGGGAGAGUGAAAAUUGGAGUUGAGAAGUUGCAGUAUGUGGAGGGAGUGUAGGGUGUGAGUUCCAUGUGAUGUAGAUAUAGAACAAUGGUAAAUGAAAGCAAAUUGUGAGUUUCUUUACUGCUUUUUUACUAUGCAA